AUGCGUUCUCACGCGUUACCCAGCUGCGUUGUUUUAUUGCUGGCUGUUAUAGAGAUUGCUACAGGGAAUAAUGUAACAGCAGCUAACAUCAGCACCAAGCAUAACGUCAAAAAAGUGGCAACCAGGAAUAAGAUAUAUGGAGGACAUGAACUGAAACCACCCCCUGAAACGCUGACGGUGACGCAUGAGGUGUGGUUUGAUCUGAAGAUUUCAAAUUUCUACUCCAAAGGCAUUCAUUUUCGGCAGAGAAUUACCGCUGCUUGCUUUGGUCUUCUAGCUCCUGAAACAUGUAAGAACUUUAUCGAGCUGAUUAAAGGCUACAAGAAAGGAGAGUUGUAUAUGAGUUACAGAAGCACUAAAAUUAAGAGCAUCAUUCGAGAUUAUAUGAUUAUACUAGGCGAUAUUAAAUCACGAUUUUAUGACAGCUCGAACGUCCCUCGCCUCACCUGGCCUCGAGAAGAGAACUCGAUAAGUCACAACCACGCUGGUUGGUUAGGCAGAGCUGACUUCGGCCCUAACACGACUGGCUCAGAGUUCUACAUCAUACUUCGCCCGGCAAGAUGGCUGGAUGGCAAACAUUUUAUCUUUGGAAAAGUCCUUAGUGGAAUGAAUGGACUUCAAACAGUGGCGCUGGAAGAAACAGGGGCAGACAACAAACCUUUAAGACCGGUUAUCCUGGAAAAUUGUGGAGUUAUCUACAUAAAGAAUCAAUACACCCUGUCAGCAAAGCAGUUUAACAGUGACGAAGAUGUUGUUCGUGUUCGCAAACCUUGA